AUGAAGGUUGUCGUGCAGUAUGAUAAAGACUUACUGGAAGUAUGGGACGAAGCAAAGCGACUUCGUUGUGAGUGGUUUAAUGAUUAUGAAAAAACUGCUUCAAAACCACCAAUGGUCAUCGCAGAUUUGGACAUCAUCCAACUGGAUUUCAGAGGCGAUAAUGUGGAUUGUUGGAUGGAAAUCCAGCACGGUAAAGGACCAUGGGCUCCACCUGUCAGUGGCAUUGUACCUCUUGGUUCAACUUUAUCACUUGUCGUAGCCAUCAACGAUUACAGAGGCGAGUUCGACAUGCGAGUGAAGUCGUGCGUGGCUUCAGACGGCGCCGGGCACGUCAUCCAUCUGUCCGACGAGGCGGGCUGCGUACUGCGCCCGAAGAUGAUCUCGCGAUUCCUGAAGACGCGGGCGUCCGACGACCGCGCCUCAGUCAUAACGUACGCCUUUUUCCACGCGUUCAAGUUUCCCGAUGCCCUGAGCGUUCACAUCAAAUGCAAGGUGGAGAUAUGCAGACACGGCUGUCCGGAUCAUUGCCAUCUGAGCGGUCACGGAGGCGCCCAGGAGCGAAAAGAUUCGCCCCAGUCGGCCGCUGCCGGCGACGCAGAGAUGCUCUAUGAUGAUAUAUUACACGACGGUUCAGAUAGUGGGGCAUCUGCCGGAUACUUGAGAGAUCCGUUAGUGAAUAACAGUCCAGAUUUGUCGGAAUCCGAAGAACUUUUGUCCUCUUACGAAGAUCACGAAGACGCCGAAUCUCAACAAAGUGCCGAAGAAAUGAACGGUCAAGAAGGUUUUCCACAUGGUCCACGUCUGCUAGAGACUGCGACAGGAACUCCACGCCCGAUGCAGGCGGCCGUCGCAGGUCCCCGCAGCCUCGACCCUGACCGCUCGUCUCGCCGCCGCCGCACAGCAACAGUUUCCGAUCGCAAAGCCCGCAGUGCCGAUGUUGGUGUCAGCGGUUUAUACGACGUUAUUUCCGAAGCAGAUUUAGCGUUUAGCCCAGAUGGUCGCCAAGAAGCCGUCACUGUAUUCCAGGGUCGCAUUCGGGAAGAAGUUGUGUACGGCAUUUGCUUACCUGUGCCAGGUUUUAGCGCACUAUUCGUGCUUUUAGCUACAGCUGCUGCAGUAAGCGCACUAGUAGCUGGUUCUUUAUUAUAUCGUUAUCAGUUACAAAGAGAUCAGAUAGCUAGACAAAAAGGCCAAAAUAUGUCAUCUGGAACACUGGCUUCGUGGAUGGCCAUGCGCUUAAUGCGUCCAACCCCUAUUGCCCAGCAAACCCGAGUACCGGCAGCUGGUGCCGAUUAA